CCCGCCCCGGUCCCUGGGCCGGACGCCCCCCAAGGCCGCGCACACUCACCUAGGACCCGGCCGGGAUGCCGAGCUCUGUUGAAGAUGCACUGGACACCGGAACACGCCCAGCCCCUCAACCAGUGGCCAGAGCAGCACCUGGACGUCUCCUCCACCACCCCGUCGCCUGCCCACAAAUUGGAGCUGCCUCCAGGGGGUCGCCAGCGCUGCCACUACGCUUGGGCACACGACGACAUUUCCGCCCUCACAGCCUCCAACCUCCUCAAGCGCUACGCCGAGAAGUACUCCGGAGUCUUGGACUCGCCCUACGAGCGCCCGGGUCUGGGCAGCUACGGUGACACCUCCUUCCUCAACGGUGCCAAAGGGGACCCGGAGCCCUGGCCCGGGCCUGAGCCACCUUACCCUCUAGCCUCGCUCCACGAAGGCCUCCCGGGAGCCAAACCGGCCGGCGCCGGAGGCUCCGCGGGCCUCGGGGGCUCCCCGGUGGUAACCGGGAACCUGACCGAGCCGCUCUACACGGGCAACGCGUGCGGGGCCCCGGCGGCGGCCACCGAGUACGCGGCGGGCUACGGAGGCGGGUACCUAGCGCCCGGCUACUGCGCGCAGUCGAGCGCCGCGCUCGCCCCGCCGACCCCGGCCGCGCUGCUGCAGCCAGCGCCGCCGCCCGGCUACGGGCCCUCGGCGCCGCUCUACAACUACCCCACGGCCGGCUACGCGGCGCAGCCUGGCUACGGGGCGCUCCCGCCGCCCGCCGCGCCGCCCGCGCCCUACCUGCCCUCCGGGCUGGCGGCGCCCACGCCCCUGCCCGCGUCCGCUCCGCCCCGGCCCGCGCCCUACGGCUUCCCCGCGGCCGCCGAGGGCGUGUCGCUGAAGCGCAAGGCGGCGGACGAGGGCGCGGAGGCUCGCUACCGCAAGUACGCGUACGAGCCCAAGGCCCCCGCGGCCGACGGCGCCGCCUACCCCGCCGCGGACGACGAGUGUCGGGGCAACGGGUUCCGCUCGAAGCCACCCGGGGCGACGGAGGAUGGGACCGGCAAGUACGGCGCCGGCGGGCCUCUCAAGGUCCUGGGCUCCCCCGCCUACGCCCCGCAGCUCGAACCCUUUGACAAGUUCCCGGAGCGGGUCCCGGCCGCCCACGGAGGCUUCGCCGAGCUGUCGGGGGAGCCCGCCAAGGGCGUGGACCCGGGGGCGCUGGAGCUGGUGAGCAGCAAGAUCGUGGACUGCGGGCCCCCCGUGCAGUGGGCAGACGUGGCGGGCCAGGGCGCGCUCAAGGCGGCGCUGGAGGAGGAGCUGCUGUGGCCCUUGCUGAGGCCGCCCGCCUGUCCCGGCAGCGCGCGCCCGCCGAGGACCGUGCUGCUCUUCGGACCCCGCGGCUGCGGCAAGGCGCUGCUGGGGCGCUGCCUCGCCACCCGGCUGGGGGCCACGCUGCUGCGCCUGCGCGGAGCCAGCCUGGCGGCCUCGGGCGCCGUCGAGGGCGCGCGCCUCCUGCAGGCGGCCUUUGCGGCUGCGCGCUGCCGCCCGCCCGCCGUGCUGCUCAUCAGCGAGCUGGACGCGCUGUUGCCGGCGCGGGACGACGGCGCGUCGCUGCGGGCGCCGCUGCUGGCCUGCCUAGACGGCGGCUGCGGCGCGCGCGCCGACGGCGUGCUGGUGGUGGGUACCACCUCCCGGCCGGCCGCCCUAGACGAGGCCACCCGCCGGCGGUUCGCGCUGCGCUUCUACGUAACGCUGCCCGACGGCGCGGCGCGCGGGCAGAUCCUGCAGAGGGCGCUGGCUCAGCAGGGCUGUGCGCUGAGCGAGCGGGAGCUGGCCGCCCUGGUGCAGGCCACCCAGGGCUUCUCUGGGAGCGAGCUGGGGCAGAUGUGCCAGCAGGCAGCGGCCGAGGCGGGCCUCUCCGGACUGCAGAGGCCCCUCUCCUACAAAGACCUGGAGGUUGCUCUAACCAAGGUGGGCCCUCGGGCUUCCCCCAAGGAGCUGGACUCGUUAGUUGAGUGGGACAAAAUGUAUGGCUCCGGACACUGAGGGUGGCAGGGGAGGCCAACUCUGCCUGGGGGAGGAUGUCUUUGGCCAAAGGAGUGAUGAAUGUGGGGCGGGAGAGGGAAGGCUCUC